AUGUCUACGGAGGCAAGAACUAUGUACCAGAACUCGCAGGCAGACGAGCCGGCUUCUAGCCAGAGAAACGGUGGGUUUCAGGGCUCUGAAGCCCCAGCGGAAAACCGCAUGUUCGUGCCUGAUUCGCUGGCUGAGGGCAACGAAAACAGCAGCGGCAACGGACACGAGAUGGAGGGCGAAGAAGAAGAAGAAGAAGAAGAAGCAGCUCUGGUGUCGUUUGUGCCGCUCGAAAGACUCCAAGUCAACGGAAUCACAGCGCUGGACCUGAAAAAACUGCGGGAGUUUGGACUGCACACGGCAGAGGCAGUGGCGUACGCGCCGCGUAAACAACUUUUGGAGAUCAAGGGCAUAUCCGAGGCCAAGGCUGAGCGGUUGCUGAACGAAGCGGCGCGUCUGGUACCCAUGGGGUUCGUCACCGCUGCAGACUUCCAUAUGCGCCGUUCCGAAAUGAUAUGUCUGACUACAGGGUCCAAAAACUUCGACACGCUUCUGGGCGGUGGCGUAGAGACCGGGUCCAUCACAGAGCUUUUCGGAGAGUUCAGAACCGGGAAAUCACAGCUGUGCCACACGCUCGCCGUCACCUGCCAGAUCCCGCUGGAUAUGGGCGGUGGAGAGGGCAAAUGUCUAUAUAUCGACACCGAAGGAACGUUUAGACCCAUCAGACUGGUUUCGAUCGCCCAGCGGUUUGGUUUGGACCCCGAUGACGCUCUCAACAACGUGGCCUACGCCAGAGCCUACAACGCAGACCAUCAGCUGCGGCUUCUGGACGCCGCAGCCCAGAUGAUGAGCGAAUCGCGAUUUUCUUUGAUAGUUGUAGACUCCAUUAUGGCGCUCUACAGGACCGAUUUUGCCGGCCGUGGUGAACUCAGCGCUCGUCAAAUGCAUCUGGCCAAGUUCAUGCGGGCUUUGCAACGGCUUGCGGACCAAUUUGGCGUUGCGGUGGUCGUCACCAACCAGGUGGUAGCUCAAGUGGACGGAGGCAUGUCGUUCAACCCGGAUCCUAAGAAACCCAUUGGGGGCAACAUUAUGGCGCACUCUUCCACCACUCGUCUGGGCUUCAAAAAGGGUCGUGGAUGUCAGAGAAUAUGCAAAGUUGUGGACUCUCCGUGUCUGCCCGAAGCAGAGUGUGUUUUCGCUAUUUAUGAAGACGGUGUAGGAGACCCCAGAGAAGAAGACGAGUGA